CAUAGCGACACAAACCUGGCAACUCGCUAUCGGAUGUGAGCCUUUGAUUAUUAGGGCACAGCGCUCGUAUUCUAAUUCCACAGAUAAACUAUAUUCAAAUGAACAAAGCCUCAAAAACAGUCCCUUGCCAUUACACAUACACUAUAAAUACCUUUCUGCGUUCUCACCAUGCCGAGCAAUAAGGCUGAGAAACAGGAGGUCAGCGAUAAUGUUAAGGUUGUGGUGAGAUGCCGCCCCCUGAACCAGAAAGAGAAGAUGAUGGGCCACAAGCAGGCCGUCAUGGUGGAUGAGAUCCGUGGGACCAUAACAGUUAACAAGCUGGAGACUCCCCAUGAGCCUCCUAAGACCUUCACCUUUGACACCGUGUUUGGACCAGACAGCAAACAGCUGGAUGUCUACAACCUCACAGCUCGCCCCAUCAUUGACUCAGUAUUAGAGGGAUACAAUGGCACAAUUUUUGCAUAUGGGCAAACUGGCACAGGGAAAACAUUCACCAUGGAAGGUAUGAGAGCAGUGCCAGAACUCAGAGGGAUAAUCCCAAAUUCCUUUGCUCAUAUUUUUGGUCACAUUGCCAAGGCAGAGGGUGACACCAGAUUUUUAGUUCGUGUUUCAUACUUGGAGAUUUACAACGAAGAAGUGCGGGACUUGUUGGGCAAGGACCAGAUGCAAAGGCUAGAGGUGAAAGAAAGACCUGAUGUAGGUGUCUACAUCAAAGACCUCUCUGGUUAUGUUGUGAACAAUGCUGACGAUAUGGACCGGAUUAUGACACUUGGCCACAAAAACCGCUCCGUCGGCGCUACAAACAUGAACGAACACAGCUCCCGUUCUCACGCUAUCUUCACCAUCACUAUCGAGUGCAGUGAGAAGGGUGUGGAUGGAAACCAGCAUGUGCGCAUGGGGAAACUGCAUCUGGUUGAUCUAGCGGGUUCAGAACGACAGGGCAAGACAGGAGCCACAGGUCAGCGUUUAAAGGAAGCAACAAAGAUCAAUCUCUCUCUCUCCACACUGGGCAAUGUCAUCUCUGCUCUGGUGGACGGCAAGAGCACACAUGUUCCCUACAGGAACUCAAAACUUACCCGGUUGCUGCAGGAUUCGCUCGGAGGAAACUCCAAGACCAUGAUGUGUGCAAAUAUAGGCCCUGCAGACUACAACUAUGAUGAGACCAUCAGUACCCUGCGCUACGCAAACAGGGCUAAAAACAUCAAAAACAAAGCCAGGAUCAAUGAGGAUCCUAAGGAUGCUCUACUGCGACAGUUUCAGAAAGAGAUCGAGGAGCUGAAGAAGAAACUGGAAGAAGGUGAAGAGAUCUCUGGCUCAGAGGGCAGUGGAUCAGAUGAAAUGGACGAAGGGGAUGAUGACAGAGGGGAGGCAGGAGAAGGCCGCAGGAGAAGAAGAGCAAGGAAGAAGGUCUCCCCAGACAAGAUGGUGGAGAUGCAGGCAAAGAUUGAAGAGGAAAGGAAGGCUUUGGAGGCCAAACUGGACAUGGAGGAGGAGGAGAGGAACAAGGCAAGAGCAGAGCUGGAGAAGAGGGAGAAGGAUCUUCUCAAAGCCCAGCAGGAACAUCACCUCCUGCUGGAGAAAUUGUCAGCUUUAGAGAAGAAAGUGAUUGUGGGUGGAGUGGACCUCUUGGCCAAGGCCGAGGAGCAGGAGAAACUCUUGCAGGAGUCCAACAAUGAACUUGAAGAACGUCGCAGGAGAGCAGAGCAGCUGCGCAAGGAGCUGGAGGAGAAGGAGCAAGAGCGUCUGGACAUAGAAGAGAAAUACACCAGCCUGCAGGAGGAGGCUCAGGGAAAGACCAAGAAGCUGAAGAAAGUAUGGACUAUGCUGAUGGCUGCCAAAUCUGAAAUGGCAGAUCUACAGCAAGAGCACCACAGAGAGCUUGAGGGCCUCCUGGAGAACAUCCGCCAGCUGAGCCGAGAGCUCCGGCUCCAGAUGCUCAUCAUAGACAACUUUAUUCCCCAGGAAUACCAGGAGAUGAUAGAAAACUAUGUGCACUGGAAUGAAGACAUUGGAGAAUGGCAGCUGAAAUGUGUAGCUUACACUGGCAACAACAUGAGGAAACAGACCCCUGCCCCUGACAAAAAAGAAAAAGAUCCAUUCGAGGUGGACCUGUCCCAUGUGUAUUUAGCCUACACUGAGGAGAGCAUGAGGCAGUCACUGAUGAAACUAGAGAGGCCCAGAACCUCGAAAAAUAGCAAGAGCGGUCGACCCAAGACUGGGCGAAGGAAAAGAUCUGCAAAACCAGAGGCUGCCAUCGAAUCCCUUCUGCAGUGAUGACAGCGUGAAGGAGAGCUACAUUUCACUGCAACUUUCAUGUUACCUAAAAGAAGUCGUCAGUCCAGUUUAUGGUUAAACACUAUUUAAAAGAUAUCGUCAUACACUGUAUAGCUGGUAAGGUUUUAAAACCGAAGGAGCUGCACCUGUGAUAGCAUUAAGCCCUCUUUGCCAAGAGGACCUAUUAAAUGUAUUGUAAUGUAAAACUUCUCUGAGGUUAUCUGAUGUUUUACUGUUGCUUUGGAACGCUUUCCAGUUUGCAUAAAGCACCACUGGUACAAAAGAGAAUAUCUACCAUGAAAACGGUUCACUUCAUGCACAGCAUUGCAACAUUUUGGCAAUGACAAGCAAUGAGAAAAAAGACUCAUCAGGAUGUGGAAAAUCGAGUUGUGGUCAUGACCUACAAACUAGAAGACUUUCAUAUCUUCUAAACUUUGCUGCGUGGAAGUAAUACAAGUGCUUUGUGGUGAACACCACACGGAUUAAGCCUUGACCUCUCGUGAUUUGACAGACCAAAUUGUAUGUGUAUUGGCCUAUAAUCAUAUAAAUACAUUGUGAUUAAAUUGCCGCUGAAGGUGUAUUUUCACUUAAACCAGAUUAUUCAACUCGCAACACAAGCAAAAGCCUUGGAGUUUCCUUCAAGUGAAUACAAGAAAAAAAAUUAAAAUAUGUAAAUGACAAGUGUGCUUUAUACUCUUUCCUUUAGGUGAGAAGCGUAAGGGCAUGCAUGCUGACCGGCUCUUAUGUUAGUGCCAUUUGCUACAAAAAAAAAAUCAUCUUUUUAUUUUUAAAUGUCGGGACACUUUCUGUUGUAUUGAGAUACACCAUUAUGUUUGUGGAGAUAAUUUAAUUUUACGAUGUUUUGUAGUGGAGGCAAACUAACUUUCAUCAUGUAUUAUAAUGUAUGUCAAAUGUUUACGUCCAUCAAACUCCUGGAUUUUAUUUAAUAAAUUAUUUCAUGUUUUA